CGCAAGCUUCGUGUUGCUGCUGAUCGUCGUUGUCAUGAUGCCUUCUAUGAGACUCAUUGUGGCUUCCCUCUGGGCUCACAUUACUGCCUUCGCCAACAAUACAGUUCGCAUGACGCUGCUGGCACUAAUCUUCACUUCAACCGACUGGACCAACUUUUACACGCGCUUUGCGUCAGACUACUCCCGCGUCGCUGCAGCUGAAUUCCAUCUGAGAAUCAUGGCGGAAUCGACCUCGGUGAUCUUACACAUCCUUGUCCAGGUAUCACUGGAAAUCUAGGC